UAAGCGUAUAUAACUUAUACAUUUCACGCACACCGAUAUUCAAUACUUUAAACUUUCAUACUUUAUACACAGUUUAUUUAAAAAGAAAAUGGCGCCGAAUCGUCAACAUCAUACCGGAAAAGUGUCUGUUGAGUAUAAGCAGGAUUCGACAAAACGUGCUCAAAGUAAAUAUCGUCGGCGAGAAACACUGAUUAAAAAGGUAAAGGUAUAUCCCGAACGGGAUAUUUAUCCCGCUCGGGAUAUCGCUCGUGAGACCGGAAUGCCUUAG